AUGAUGAUGUCGAUCAUGUCUCAUUUAAACAAUCUCGAAGCUGAGAAGCAAAAAUAUCAGGCACAGCGGCGACGUCUAUGUCAAGAGAACGCAUGGCUUCGUGAUGAGCUGAGUUCAACCCAAAUUAAACUCCAAACUUCCGAACAGCAGAGCGACAUGAAGACGGCACCAUCUGAGACAAAUGUGCCAUCGACUAAUGACACUUUGCAAGAUCUUGGCUUUGGACCAGAAGAUGAAGAAGAUCUGCAAUCUAGUCAAUUCGCUCAACCAACUCCUGCACAUUCCAUGGCGGCAUCAGCUUCAGUUGGCUACGAAAUCCCGGCAAGACUCCGCACACUUCACAACCUGGUCAGUCUUUAGUU